UCUUCCGAAACUAGAUAAGGAUUACUAAAUUCCCGACUUUUCCCACCUUUCCGCACCGCACAAGCAUUCAAAAACGAAAAACAAUUUCCGAACAGUCUUAACACCCUACUGUGUUUUUUGUGGAGGCAUAUUAUCCGAUUAAUGUCUAUCAGAAACGCUUCUUUCAAAUUACUGCCAUUAUUUUCUUCUUCUUUAUUUUCCCCUCUAGUUCUUCAUUUCCAUUCUAUUAUUUAUAGCAAUAAUAAUAUCAAUACUAAUAAGAAUGAUCACAUUCCCCAUUCCAAUCCAACUCAACCACAUUUACAACAAUUUCUCCUCGAGAAAUCGCAGCUAGGUUUUGAUAAACUCGAAGAUGCUCUUAACCUGUUUGUUGAAAUGCUCCACAUGAGACCUUUGCUGCCGGUCAUGAAAUUCAAUCAGCUGUUAGCUGGUCUCGUUAAAAUGAAACAAUAUUCUCUUGCUGUCUCGCUCUUCUCCGAUAUGUGUUAUUUCUCGAUUCCGGUUGACGUAUCCACUCUUAAUACUGUCAUCAACUGUUUUUGUCGCUUGUAUAGAGUCGACUAUGGCUUCUCAUUGUUGGCUGUGAUAUUUAAGCGCGGUUUUGUGCCUACUGUUGUCACUUACAACACGCUUGUCAGUGGUCUGGUUUUACGAGAUCAGGUUGUUGAGGCGGAGCGUUUGUUUAGGAUGCUGAUCAUGUUUGGCGAAGUUGAGCCGAGUGUAGUUACUUAUAACAUUAUUGUUAGUGGCUUGAGGAAGACUGGUCAGACUUUUGAGGCGGUUAAUUUGUUAAAAUCUAUGGAGAAACGCGGUUGUGAACCUGAUUCUGUAACUUAUAACACAGUUAUUGAUUGUUUAUGCAAAGAGAAGUUGGUUGAUCAUGCUUUAGAUCUUCUUGGUGAAAUGUGUAACAGAGGCAUACUGCCGGAUGUAAUGACCUACACUUCGUUAAUUCAGGGUUUUUGCAACUUGAAUAGAUUGGGAGAUGUAGCGCGGUUGUUAAGAGAGAUGGAUGUAAGGAAUAUUCUUCCAGAUGUGUAUAUUUGUAGUGUAAUUGUUGAUGCAUAUUGCAGAGAAGGGAUGCCGGAAGCAGGAGAGUGCGUGGUCAAAACAAUGAUUCAGAGAGGUGUAUAUCCACCUGCAAUCACCUACACGAAACUCAUGGACGGAUAUUGUUUCAGAGGUGAAGUGGACAGGGCAGUAGCGGUGCUAUAUAUCAUGAGGAGCACGGGUCUGGCGCCUGAUUCUUAUGUCUAUAACAUUUUGAUAGAUGGGUUUUGUAGGAUGCACAAAGUAGACAAAGCCAUAGAGCUCUCUAGAAAAAUGUCCGCUGAAGGGUUGAAACCUGCAAUUGAAACUUACAACACCAUUAUACAUGGUCUAUUUCAGAUGGGUAGAACUGUUGAGGCACAAAAACUUUUCUAUCUAAUGGUAAAUGAAGGUAAUAAACCAAAUACUGCAUCAUGUAGAAUCCUAUUAGAUGGCCUCCUUAAGAAGCAAUAUAUUGAUGAAGGGAUCUCUGGAAUACAUGACAUAUCAUAAAGCUCAUACAUUAACAGAAAAGAUGCAUGUGCGCGGUUACUUGAUUCAUCAUUCUCUCCGUUUUCUUCAUGAAUGAUUUAUGCACUAGAUACUAGAAUCUAUUGGCUUGAAUAUGGAAGUCAUCAGCCUCUAGCAUUACUGGGGUCUCAAA